AUGCCAGCUCAGACUCUGUUCGUUGGCUCGCUGCCGACCUCGGCUACCAACGAACGCUUGGAGGAGAUUUUCUCCGAAAUUGGGCCCGUCAAGCAGUGCUUCGUGGUCAGAGACAAAGGCGCAGAUACAUGUCGAGGUUUUGGCUACGUCACCUACGCCAUGGAGGAGGAUGCACAGCGAGCGUUGAAAGACGUCAAGGAGUACGAUGGAAAGAAGCUUUCAAUUUCCGUGGCCAAGAAAAAACUAAAUGAGAAAAAGGACAAAAAGAAAACAGCUACAAAAGAGCCCAAUGCACCAGCAGCAGCCCCGGCGGCGCCGCUACCGGCAAAGGAAACUGAGCAGAAAUGUAAAAAUAUAAGAAAAAAUCUCCUGAAAGCUCGACUCAUCAUUAGGAAUCUCAGUUUUAAGUGCUCCGAGAAAGAUCUCACAGAGGUUUUUGGCAAGUGUGGAGAAGUUCUUGAAGCCAAAAUCCCUCUCAAACCUGAUGGUAAGAUGCGAGGCUUUGCAUUUGUGCAGUUUAAAAAUUUGUCCGGGGCAGCCAAAGCGCUUCAAGCCAUGAAUAUGAAAGAGAUAAAAGGCCGUAAAGUGGCUGUCGACUGGGCGGUACCGAAGGACAAGUAUCUUGCCAUGAAGGGGACAUCCACUACAGAAACGACAGCAAGCGAGGACACCGUUAUAGAACAAACGGAGCCUCAAGCUGACGUGAAAGAGGAAGAAACUCAAGCUGUUGUCACAAAAGUUAGUCCCAAAAAACCUGCACCACCUAAGAGUGACUCGCUGUCAGAUGAGGGUGAAGAUGAUGAUGACGACGACGAUGAUGAUGAUAAUAAUGAAGAAGAAAGUGAGGAUGAAGAGGAGGAUGAAAAUGAUGACUUCUCCGAGGAGGAAGAAAACGAUGAGGAUAGCCUCGAUUCAGCUGAGGAUGAAGAUGAUGAUGAUGAAGAUGAUGAGGAUCAUGAGGAUGAAUCAGCUAAAAAGAAGUCAAAGAAGAGGCCAGCACUGCCCUCUGAUGUCAAGGAAGGCAGAACAAUUUUCAUCAGGAAUUUAUCGUUCGAUACUGAGGAAGAAGACCUGGAGAAAGCUCUCCUCCAGUUCGGAGAACUCAACUACAUCAAGAUUGUUUUUCAUUCCGACACGGGACAUUCGAAGGGUUGCGCCUUCGCUCAGUUUAAAAGCAAGGAGGCGGCAGACAGUUGCAUCGGAGCGGCGCAGGACGAAGCAGAGGCCGGCGGAAUUCGACUGGACGGGAGGAAGCUGAUGAUCGUGCCUGCUCUGAGUAAAGACGACGUGGCCAAACUCAAGGUCAAAAAAGUUAAAGUGCAAACGGGCACAAGGAACUUGUAUCUGGCCAGAGAAGGAAUGAUCCGUCCAGGAAGCAAAGCGGCUGAGGGUGUACCUGAAGCAGACAUGAUCAGGAGAGCCAGGUUCGAAGACAUCAAAAGGGUGAAACUUCGAGACAUCAACGUGUUUGUCUCUAAAAAUCGUCUGUGCGUCCACAAUCUGCCCAAAUCUGUGGACGCCAAGAAGCUUCGCUCUCUCUGCUUUCAAGGGCUCGGCGGUGUCAAAAAUGUCCGAAUGACAGAAUGUCGCAUCAUGUAUGACAGGAAACCUGAGAAGGGUCAAGUGAUGGGUCAGUCUUUGGGUUACGGCUUCGUCCAGUUUCAAGAACACGAACACGCUUUGGCCACGCUGCGCUACCUCAACAACAACCCCGAAGUCUUUGGUGCGCACAAGAGACCCAUCGUGGAGUUCUCUCUGGAGGAUUCCCGCAAGCUCAAGAUUAAAGAAAUGCGACGGCAAAAAAGCAAGGAACAGAAUUCUAAAAAGCAAGGAGGCAGUGUGACCCCAAAGACGCACAAGGACUGGAAACCUAAACAAGCUCCUCCUCACGCCGAGCCGAGGACAAAGCAACACAGUGGCUUCCAGACCAAACCCGAAGUCGAGCACGUGGACCUGGAGAAUGGAAAGAAGCGUAGAAAAGUGCUGCCUUUCCCCUCCCACCGAGGAGCCAAGAUCAGAUUGCGGGACAAAGGCAAACAGAAGGCUCCGCCCCCUAAGAAAGCUCAGCGUGGAGGCAGCAGGAAAGAACGUCAGAAGCGGCAUUUGGAGAAGCCCACGCAGAGCAGGAAUAAGACAAAAGCACCAACGCGGAAUCCAAGGAAAAGGAACGGCGAUCGUUUUGACAGCCUGGUGGAGCAGUACAAGAAAAAACUUCUCUCCGGGACCCAGAAAAGCGCCGCGGGGAGAAAAAACAAGUGGUUUGAUAAUUAA